AUGGCCAUCUCCAGCUCCGAGGUCUGGUGGUGGCUGGGCGCGCGCCGCUGGCCGGAGGCAGCCGCUCCGCACCACUUCUCGGUGCGCAGGGCGACGACCGGCCCGGGCGCCUGCCUGGUGUUCUUCGACACCGCGCAGGCGCGAGACGCCGCCGUCCAGUGGCUGCGCGCGGCCGGCUAUGACGCGCGCGUCAUGUCGGGCCGCGCGCCGGUGGCAGCCCCCCCUCCUGGCGCUCCGCCGGCCGCCCCCGCCGAGCCCGGCGCACUGCCAGCCACGUGGCCUGCCGGGGACUGCCAGCGCUGCCGCUUGCUGGAGGCCGCGCUGCACCAGUCGCGGAAGCGGGUGCUGGAUGUCUUCACCGACUUGGCGGAGUUCGGCGUGUUGCCCACCCCGGGCGGCGCCAGCGCAGGUGAGCUGGAGGCAGCGCGGCAGCGCCAGCGGCUCGCUCGGGCCGCAGCAGGAACCGCCGCCCCGUCAGCCUUGGCGCCAGCCACCCCGGCGCCAGCCAAGGCAGCCAAGGCGCUGGCUGCGGCGCCAGCCAAGGCAGCCGAGGCGCCAGCCAAGGCGCCCGGUUGCGGCACCAGCCAAGGCAGCCGAGGCAGCCAAGGCGCCAGCUGCGGCGCCAGCCGAGGCACCAGCCAAGGCGCCAGCCGAGGCACCAGCCAAGGCACCAGCCGAGGCACCAACAGCGCCAGCGCCGGCGCCAGCCCCAGCCCCAGCCCCAGCCCCAGCAGCCCCAGCAGCUUCGGCACCAGCUGCAGCACCAGCCCCGGCCCCGGCGCCAGCCUCGGCCACAGCGCCAGCCCCGGCCGCAGCCUCGGCGCCAGCCUCGCCGGCCAAGGCUUUUGCCGCAGAGCCGACCGCUCCGCGGAGGGGCGCCUCUGCUGGGGCGCAGACCGGGAGGCCGACAGAGCCGCCGCGGAGGUCCUGGCCCGCAACCCGCAAGGGUUCGCAGAGGCAGCCGUGGCAGCUGGGGCUGUCUUCCGCUCGCUGCAGCCCGGCCCUGGCCUGCCAGCGGCCGGGUCAGGACCUGCGCGCCAGUGGUCCGAGGAGGAGUGGGCUGCCUGGCGCGCUCGCCACACCUGGGGAGGCCACGCGUGCGCCGCCUUCGCGCGCGCUGCGAUCGCCCGCGCAGGCAGCGACCCGGAGAUCUAG